AGGCCAAAAUCAUUAAGGAGGCCAAGGCAGCUUGAGGCUUGAGCCCCCUGUGAUUUAACGGGCCUGAGUGUACUGGUCUGUGAUCAUACAAGCAUACUAUAAUGUGUUCACCAACAGGGAUUUGAUGAGAGGCACAAUAAUCUGCACAUUCCUGAGUCAACACUUACAACAUAGAAGUGUCCUGGAUUCCAUAAUAUAGGCUUGACCUAUGUGAUAUAGCUGUGGUGGAAAUGGUUGCUUUCUGCAGGAUGUACCAGUACUGAUGAUGGAGAGAUCAAAUUCCAACAAUUCUGCAUCACCUCUUCACCAGUUGCAGGUGACUGUGGACUCAGCAUCUUUAAAUCAGUCAGGGAGUCUCUUCAAACCAAGUCCCUAUGUCCAGGUCUUGGUGGAUGGGAAGCACUCAAAGAAGACUGAUGUUGUCCGUGGCACAUACAACCCCAAGUUCAAUGACCCAUUCACCCUAUUGGUUACUCCCCAUUCAACUGUGACCCUCAAGGUCUUUGGUUGGAAUGCAUUCAAAAAGGAUAGUCUCAUUGGUGAAGCAAAUGUGGAGAUCUUCUCCACCUUGAAAAAGAACCGGGGUAGAUGUUCCAACCUCACAUGUGAUCUGCCUUUGACCAUUGAGACCAAGGGUUCUUCUGAGCGUCAGAAGGCUGGGGAACUUCGAGUAAUUUUGGAUGGUAUGUCUGUGGACCCAUCUCUGCUACGGGCACGAUCAUCUAUCAUCGAGGUGGGCUCGGAUGCAGCAGCAUCAGUGUCAAAUGGUGCUGUUCCUCAGAGGCCAAAACAGGAAACACCAAGUCGAGCACAGCCCAACCGGAACAGCUUGCCACCCAAUGGAGUUCCGGAUGGCUCUAGUGCCCUUUCGUCUGAUCCCAAGAGCCGUUCACAGCCAAAAUUGACUGGGGAGGGGGAUUCUGAGACUCCAAGUGAGAAUGCCAAUGCUAGAGCCUCAGUUGGUAUUGGGAACAUUCAGUCCUCUGUGAAUCCUGACCCAAGUUUGGGGUCUAGCAGCCAUCCUAAUGGGGGUCCCACUGCCUCUGCAAGUGAUAAUCAGCAGCAGAGAAAUGAGGUUGCUUCCAUUCCUGCCACAGCUGCUACACGAUCCCCACAUAAUACAGAUCGUCGCCCUCCUCGACCGCCAGCACCCAGUACACCCUCAGCUAGUCGGAGCCCUGCUCCAAGUGCAGCAAGUGGUCAAAAUAAUGCAGAUAGUCCAAAGCCAGCUUCUCCAGGAGUGCCAGCUAAUCCUGAUGCAGAACCUCUACCCCAGGGUUGGGAGAUGAGGUAUGACCAGUAUGGGCGACGUUAUUAUGUGGAUCACAACACCAAGAGCACAACUUGGGAACGCCCACACCCGCUUCCAUCUGGAUGGGAGAUGAGGCGUGAUCCUCGAGGUAGGAUAUACUAUGUUGAUCACAACACAAGAACUACAACCUGGCAAAGGCCAAAUCCGGAAUCCCUGCGACAGUUCCAGCAAUGGCAGGAUCAGAGGGCACGGGUGAUGCAACAAGGAAACCAGAGAUUCCUGUAUCCCAAUCAGCAGCAGGUUGAAGAUGAUGAUGGGAAAGGGCCAUUGCCUGAGGGUUGGGAAAAGAGAAUUGAGCCAAAUGGUCGUGUGUACUUUGUGAACCACAGAAAUCGAACUACUCAAUGGGAAGACCCUCGGACACAAGGAAAGAUCAUUCAAGAAGAUCCAUUACCCCCAGGAUGGGAGAUGCGAAUCACGGAUGAUGGAGUUAGAUAUUUUGUCGAUCACAACACCAGGAGUACAACAUUCCAGGACCCCCGCCCAGGAUAUGGGAAAGGUCCGAAAGGAGCUUAUGGUGUGCCAAUUGCCUACGAGCGCUCUUUCCGUUGGAAGCUUGGCCAGUUUCGUUACCUAUGCCACAGUAAUGUGCUUCCUGGUCACAUCAAGAUAUCUGUCUCCAGACAAACAUUGUUUGAGGACUCCUUUCAUCAAAUCAUGCGACUGCAAGCAUACGAGCUGCGUCGACGUCUGUACAUCAUCUUUCGGGGUGAGGAGGGCCUUGACUAUGGUGGUGUAGCUCGAGAGUGGUUCUUCCUCCUCUCGCAUGAAGUUCUCAACCCCAUGUAUUGCCUCUUUGAAUAUGCCAACAAGAACAAUUAUAGUUUGCAGAUCAACCCUGCAUCAUCUGUGAAUCCAGAUCAUUUGCUGUAUUUCAGAUUUGUUGGUCGCUUCAUUGCUAUGGCACUUUAUCAUGGGAAAUUCAUAUACUCUGGCUUCACUAUGCCCUUCUACAAGAGGAUGCUCAAUCGAAAGCUGACCAUGAAGGACUUGGAAUCCAUUGAUCCUGAGUUUUAUAACUCACUGAAGUGGAUCAAGGAGAAUGAUAUUGAAGAAUGUGAACUGGAGAUGUUCUUCACGACAGACUUCGAGCUCCUUGGACAGAUCCUACAGCAUGAGCUCAAGCCAGAUGGUGCCAACAUCAAGGUCACUAAUGAGAAUAAAGAAGAAUAUGUGAACCUAAUGAUGUCCUGGCGGAUGAAUCGUGGGCAGGAGGAGCAGACCCGUGCUUUUCUGGAUGGGUUCAAUGAGGUCGUUCCCUUGGAAUGGCUCCAGUACUUUGAUGAGAGAGAGCUGGAGCUGAUGAUGUGUGGAAUGCAGGAAAUUGACAUCGAGGACUGGCAGCGAAACACUAUAUAUCGUCAUUACACUCGCAAUUCCAAGCAGAUUGUGUGGUUUUGGCAGUUCGUGAGGGAGAUCGAUAAUGAACGCCGAACCCGGCUGCUCCAAUUUGUCACCGGGACUUGUCGUGUCCCCGUCGGUGGAUUUGCCGAGCUCAUGGGCAGCAAUGGACCCCAGCGUUUCUGCAUCGAGAAAGUUGGGAAGGACACGAUGCUCCCUCGUUCUCACACUUGCUUCAAUCGCCUCGAUCUGCCUCCAUAUAAGAGUUAUGAACAGUUGAGCGAGAAGCUCACGUUUGCCAUGGAAGAGACGGAAGGCUUUGGCCAAGAAUAGACACUUGUGUUCAGGUCAUGCAAGUGGGUGUGCAAGGCACCUGACAGCUGUGAUGAUACUUUUUAGAGUUCUAUAUGUGAUGGUGCAAAUUCUGGCUUCUCUUCAGAUCCAGUUGCAUUGCAUUCAUCAUUCUGCACUCCUCUCCUUUGCCUUUCUCUUCCUCGGUGGCAGUACAUUUUUCCUAUUUUUAAAAUCCUCAGUUGGAGCAGAGUCUACCAAUCUACCACUGUAUACUUGCUCCUACUUCGCUUCAAAGCUGCAUUUUCAUCGUCAGCACAGUCUGCCAAUAUACUGCCCACCUUCUGGAAAUUUUCUUCCCACGUAUUGUUUCAUCACCAAAGUGGGUGGUGUUUCAUAUCUUGUUUCUGUCAUCAGGAUUUAUUUUGACCCUUCUGGGCAUGGCCAUUGUACAUGUAGUGAUGUUAUGCAGAUUAUCCAG